CGUUCCAAUCCACAUCUGUAGUGACGUCACCUUUGUUUGCGAACCGACGCGAUGUUGUGCUUGGAAUUUUCCUCAAAAACCCCGAAAAAAGUGUGAAUUUUCCGUGAAAAAUUGUGCAAAAGUGCCCCCGGAACGGCUACGCAGAGAGAGAGAAAGAAAAAAUUUUUUUUUGUCCGGAAGGAGGCCACGCAAUGGAUACAGUUUCGCCGCCACAAACGCGUUCGCGAUCGCGCUCGAAGACACCCUUCGUACCCACGAUCCCGGAUGGAAAUAAUGCGAAGGACGCCGAAGGCGAUCAGAGGCACGUUCGGAAAGAGCCGACUGUGAGAACAAUUCAGGAAGAAGAUGAAUCCACUCAGACACCGCCCAAGAGAUCAAAGAGGGAGACAACAAAAUCCUCAAAUGUCUCCCCAACGGAAGCCACAAAGACCCUCAGUGCGACAACGGUGAAAGUAACGACGACAACAACAAAGGUCGUUACGCGUGGUACAACAAACUCCCAGUCAACCACAUCAUCCACCCAGGAGGCUUCCACGGCUGCCCUGAAGAAGGACACGGUGAAUCAGAAGGAAUUCAAUCGUGGUCUCGAGGGGAGUCAGAAGAAAAUCAGUACACCACGCAAUAAUAAAACUUCAACACUCCUUGGGAACCUCAAUGGGGACCUGAGUGAUCACAUUGCGUACAAGGAGUACCGCGAUGCUGGGGAGUAUUGGAAUAAAUACCCCAAAACGGACUACACGUACAGCAAAUUGUCACCGCAUCGACGAGAAAUUGUUCCCGGUGUCAUUGCAAUGCCCAAUAUGUCGCGGAAGAGUCUCGAGAAGCACGAGGAGCGUGUCAAUCAGAUGGUACUCAAUAACCCGUCGCAGGAAUCCUACAUUCGAGCUCGCUAUGAAGCCACGAGAUUCACAAGAAGUGCCGCCAGGCCGCUUCACUAUGAUUCCGGGGAGGAUGAGCUGGAUCUGUCGCAGUACGAUAGAAGGAAACGCACCACAACAGUGUACAGAGAGACAAUCUUCCGGAGACUCUAUACGCGUAUCAUUACAACAAUCGUGACAAGCUGGUACUGGAUUUCGCGUCCCUUUACAAGCUCCACCGCAAAGGGCUACUACGCGAGUACAGAUCUCAGCCAGACGGAGAAGAAAAGUAUCUUCCGUCGCAUAUUAUCAGGGAUUGGAAGUAGUUUCAUGUACGUUUUUCAGCGUAUUUAUCUGCUAAUUGCUUCCAUCCUUGUCCUGGAUACGUGGCUACUGCAGAGCAGUGUUGAGGGAGGAAGACACAAGAAGAAAUUUCUGUGGUUCUUGGUUCUUCUUCUACCUUUUCUACUUUUUGGAACUUUGAGUCUUUACGGGGAUGUGGAAGAAAAAUCGCGGAUUUUGCCCAUUCUUCCCAUUUCCUUUGGCUGGGUACCAUCUGUGUUCACAUCCGCGUGGUCUUGGACAGAUCACAUGCCCUCUUUGAAUUUUUUCACCCUCCUCCAGUCAUCUAGUCAGAGGAAAUCCGAAGAGAUUGCCUCGAAUAUUCAGCAGCAUCUCUCUGCUGAGGAAUAUAGUAGACUUUUGAGUCACAUUGACCAGUAUAUUGAGGCCGUAGUGAGCAGGAGGGACAAAGAGGAGGCCUCCAGUGAUCAUUUGCGUCUCCUAAUAGCAAAGAUUGUCAAGGAGAAUACUGUAACGUACAAAUAUGAAUUGACUGAGGGUGAUAUUGAGAGGAUUGUGGCGAUCGUGCUGCAGAGAUUGAAGGCAACUCGUGAAGCUGCACCGACCAUUGAUCAGGAUUUAAUAGAUAGGAUAACACUCUCCGUCCGGGAAGGGUUUCAGGGAGAUGCCAAGAAGAGUUCAGAAGAAAUUGUUCUUCGAAUUAUUCAAUCAGAUCACCUCACGCAGUUGAUUGAUCAACGAUUGCGGGAUCUUCCGGCGGUGGUACAAGUUGAUACCUCAAAGUAUGACGAUCUCAUUGCUAAACUAUCACUCGAAGUGACCAAGAUUAGGGAAGAUCUCGCAGCGAGAGAAAAUCAUGAUCAAGAUAUUAAUUUCUCAUUGGAAAGUAUGAGGACGCAGCAGGAAAUGCUCGCAGAUCAAUUGUAUGAAUUUAAACGGGAAACAGACACAAAGUUUGACCAACUUCUCAAUGAGAUUGACGUGAAGAUCGCAGCAUUGGGUGAUGAACAAUUCACAGAGAUUAAUAAACAAAUCCGAAAGGUUCUUGUGCAAAUUUUCAACAUUGACGGCAAGCAGGUUGACGUGGAGGACUUGAGAAGUUGGAUAAGGGAUGUAUUUGUUGCCAAAGAAUACUUGGAGGCUCGUCUCAGUGAGAUUCAGGGACAAUUUAGUGGGCACGUUUCGGAGGAAAUUCAACGAUCUGCCGGCGUAAUUAUGGAAAAUAUCACGGAGGAACUAAAAGGGGAGAUUUUAUCCCUCAUUGAGGCACGAGCGGCACUCAAUCAAGCAAAUACAGCGCAAAUGGAUAUUGGUGAGGAGAAUGUGAAGAGAAUCGUCCGGGAAGCACUUGCGGUGUAUGAUGCCGAUAAAACGGGUCUUGUGGAUUAUGCUCUGGAGUCAGCUGGUGGGCAGAUUCUCUCAACACGCUGCACUGAGAGCUAUCACACGAAAACAGCUCAAAUAUCCAUCUUUGGUAUCCCUCUGUGGUACCCCAGCAAUACCCCAAGGACAGCAAUUUCACCCAGUGUUCAACCAGGGAAUUGCUGGGCCUUCCAGGGCUUCCCAGGGUUUUUGGUUCUGAAACUUAAUCUUCCAAUACUCGUGACUGGCUUCACCAUGGAACACAUACCAAAAUCUCUGGCACCAAAUGGGCAAAUUGAUUCAGCCCCAAAAGGCUUUUCCGUUUGGGGUUUGGUUGAUGAGGAGGAUCAGGAGCCACUGCUGUUUGGUAAGUAUAUUUUUGAGGACAAUGAGAGGAGCUUGCAGUACUUUCCGGUGCAGAGUGAGGGAAUUACGCGGCCCCAUCAGAUUGUUGAGUUGAGGAUUGAGUCGAAUCACGACAAUCCCAACUAUACGUGCCUCUAUCGCUUCCGUGUCCACGGAAUCCCACAGACUUGAUGAUGGUUCAAAAAGUGCUACUAAAACAUUCACCAUUCAGUGACUUAAUUCAUUUAUUUUCGUGUCUUUUUAUUUGUUGUUCCAUCGAAACUCCAAGUCUCUCACAAAGCAAUCAUUUUUCUCAUCUCUUAAAAAACAAUUCCGGAAGCAAUUUUCCUGAAGAACAGUGAGAAAAUGUAAUUUUUGUAAUUUUUAUUUUGUAAGAAUUUUAGUCUGUAGCAUUUAGAUUAGAUUAAAGAAAAAAUUAUAUUUUAGAUUCUAGUUAGAAUGUAAGGAAAGCUAGUUCGACUAGCUUAAUAAGCCUAUCAGUUGCCGUGACGAAUUUAUCAGUAAACGAAUUUUUUUUUAAAUCAUCCCGCCAUUUUUUUGCAAUCUGCAAUUUAGUACAAACUUUUGUUUAUUUUAGUAGUUGCAAUAGCAGACGUAGGGCUCUAAUUGUGCCUUAGAAUUCUCCUAAAAUCGCCUCACUUUCUGAUUUCUCUGUAGGUUUGUAUAAAAAUCUACUAAACUAUUUUUAAAGGUUCUAAAAGAAUUUCAAGAAAUAAACAUAAAGAUGGCGCUAAUUCGUAUUCAAAAUGGUGGUUCAAGCUAGCGUCUUUGGCGUCCAUCUUUAAAAGGCCUACCGUUGUUUUCUUUUACACACAAUACUUUGUAAAAUAUUAAAUUAUGUAAAGUCUGUAAAUAAUAUAAAAGAACAUUUUCAUCACAGCGAAAGAAGAAAUUCUUGAUUAACUUUUUGUACAUUAAAAUGAAGCUUUCUGAUCAGAAAAUCAGUCCCAAAAUUCAAAAUUAGUAAAGCAAUUGAAAUAAAACAUAAAAAAGAACCUAAAUACAACAGAAAAGCUUCAAUAAUCUUAAUUAUUGUAAAUAGGCUGAGAGGGCUGAGAUUGUCAAAAGGAACCUUUCGUAUGUUGCUGAAUACCUCAUUUUUUAACGUUUUUUAGACUUAGAUGAAGAGAACGAACAUAACUCAAUUUUUGGGCUUCAAUAUUAUAAAUUUAAAUUAUUAAUUAAUUACUUUAAACACUUUUAAAGAAACCUUUACGUCUUCUCUUUCUGUUUUGAUAAGGAUUUUAUGAUUAGUUUAUAAAAAUUCUUAAUUUUUCGUCAAUAUUUUAAGUACGGCGUAAAUUGCGUAAGUUAAGUAGGUUACUUUUUAAGUGUUUUAGUGUUGUAUUUAAUAAAUUUUCUCGAUAAUUUGGUACCAAAAUGUGUAAAUGAGAAAUCUUCUAUAAUAAAGAAAGGAUAAUUUCGAACCAA